UUCAUAUCAGAAAAUUGAAGAUGUUUUUUCUCCUUUUGUUCUUUUCUUUACGAUCUUCAUGACUGCAACAACAUAAUUCAAAAUGUUAUUAAGACAAGCCAGGAUUCCAAGCCGGCGCAUUGCUGCCAUAGCCAACAAUGCUCUUCGACCAAGAGCUGGAGCGCCACUGGUUAACGCGGCUCGAAGAAACCUCGAUUUCCCAUCACUCAAACUACUUCCCACGACUACAUUUCGCACAUAUGCCAAUGGACGCCCACACCCUCCCGGUGGUACGCACCGCAUGGAUAUGGGUGGAGGUGAUCAGAGGCCAGCGCUGGAGCAAUACGGAGUCGAUUUGACCGCAAAAGCGAAGGCCGGAAAGCUUGAUCCUGUCAUUGGGAGAGAUGGAGAGAUCAAUCGAACUAUUCAAGUGCUGUCCCGCCGUACCAAAAACAACCCUGUCCUUAUUGGAAGUGCAGGAACUGGAAAGACUGCGAUACUAGAAGGACUCGCACAACGAAUAGUCAGGGGCGAUGUUCCAGAAAGUGUCAAGGACAAGAGGGUGAUUUCUCUAGAUCUUGGGCAGCUCAUUGCCGGCGCAAAGUUCCGUGGAGAUUUCGAGGAGAGAUUAAAGAGUGUUCUAAAAGAGGUUCAAGAAGCUCAGGGUGGUGUAAUCCUGUUCGUGGACGAGCUGCACACACUGCUUGGACUAGGCAAGGCCGAAGGAAGCAUCGACGCGAGCAAUCUCUUGAAGCCAGCUCUUUCACGGGGCGAACUUCAAUGCUGUGGGGCCACCACACUGAAUGAAUACCGCGCAAUCGAAAAGGACGUGGCAUUGGCAAGGAGAUUUCAGCCUAUCCAAGUUAAUGAGCCAACAAUUCAAGACACCAUCAGCAUACUUCGGGGUAUCAAGGAGAAAUAUGAAGUACACCAUGGAGUAAGAAUCACGGACGGAGCACUGGUUGCUGCUGCGACGUACUCGAACCGAUAUAUCACAGACCGAUUUCUUCCAGACAAGGCGAUUGACCUGAUGGAUGAAGCAGCAUCCUCAUUAAGGCUACAACAAGAAAGCAAACCAGAUGAUAUAAUGAAAUUGGAUCAGCGAAUCAUGACCCUUCAAAUUGAACUCGAAAGUUUGAGGAAGGAGACCGAUAUCGCCAGCAGAGAACGUCGCGAGAAACUCCAAGCGGAUCUCAAGGAGUGCCAAGAGGAGUCUGCCAAAUUGACUGAAAAGUGGGAGAAGGAAAGGGCGGAAAUCGAAGCGAUCAAAAAGACAAAAGAGGAUCUCGAAAAGGCUCGCAUCGAACUUGAUCAAGCACAACGGGAGAACAACUUCGGUCGUGCUGGGGAGCUGAGGUACUCAAUCAUCCCAUCGCUAGAAGCCAAGUUGCCGAAGGAAGGCGAAACUGUUAUCGAACCGACUGGAGACAAUACCCUCCUGCACGAAGCAGUAACGGCAGACGACAUUGCAGCAGUUGUAUCCCGAGUAACUGGAAUUCCAACCACUAAACUUACCUCGGGGCAAACCGAAAGGUUAAUAAAAAUGGAGGACACCCUUCGCCAAUCAGUCCGCGGCCAGGAUGAGGCACUGAAUGCUGUUGCAAAUGCAGUUCGCAUGCAACGUGCCGGCCUGAGUGGCGAAAACAGACCUCUUGCGAGCUUCUUCUUUUUGGGACCGACAGGUGUUGGGAAAACUGAACUCUGUAAAAAGAUGGCAGGCUUCCUGUUUUCUACCGAGACAGCUGUCGUUCGAUUUGAUAUGAGCGAGUUUCAAGAGAAGCAUACCAUAUCACGCUUGAUUGGAAGUCCUGCAGGUUAUGUCGGGUACGACGAUGCCGGACAGCUCACUGAAGCCGUGAGGCGAAAGCCGUACGCAGUUUUGUUGUUCGACGAGUUUGAGAAAGCUCAUCGAGACAUUUCUGCAUUACUGCUCCAGGUGCUGGACGAAGGAUUUUUGACCGACAGCCAAGGCCAUAAGAUCGACUUCCGGAAUACUCUGAUAGUCUUCACCUCGAAUCUGGGAGCGGAUAUCCUUGUUGGAAAUGAUCCAUUCCAUCCCUACCACGAAGAGUCCAACGGAGAAAUUUCUCCUCAAGUGCGAGAGGCGGUUAUGGACGUUGUCCAUAAAAAUUAUGCGCCGGAAUUCUUGAACAGAAUCGAUGAAUUCAUCAUCUUCAAGCGUCUCUCAACAGAGGCUUUGCGAGAUAUCGUGGAUAUCCGUCUAAAGGAGCUCCAAAAGCGGCUGGAUGAUCGAAGGAUCAUUCUUCAGGUCGAUGACCAAGUGAGAGAAUGGCUAGCCGAACGAGGAUACGAUCCAAGAUUUGGAGCGCGGCCUCUGAACAGGCUCAUUUCGAAGAAGAUCGGCAAUAUAUUGGCAGACAAGCUCAUCAGGGGGGAGAUCAAAACUGGCGACACGGCAGUCGUUAAAAUUGACGAAGGCGGUGAGGAGCUAAAGGUUGGGACAAGAGAGGCAUUGGGUCUUUAAAAGUGUGGCAUUUGAAGCAUCAAAAGCAGCAUGGGUAGGCGUAUCUCGACUCGUUUCAGACCAGGAGGAAUUCCUUCCUGUCGUAUGUAUUUGUACUAUAAGCUCCUCUUCCAUGUAUCAUAGACGACUUACGGAUUACGAACAUUGAAAAGCUACCAGUCUAGCUUCCUAGUUUAA